AGAUCAUCUCUGGUGUCACACUGAAAUCAUGUCAGACUCAGAGCCUGAGAGAUUUACUGUCUUCACCCCCACAUGUUACAGUUUAAAGUGACAAGUGACUCUGUGGAAGGGGACCAGCCUCACUGCCACUGUUUUGCCAUGAUCUCAGUCACACUGUUUGGUCAACACAGACAACUCUUUCCCAUUCAGCAGGUUAUCUGCUGUAUGGUUUGACUGAGCUGCUUGGAUUUAAAAUAUGGCCAUCCGAUACAUCAAGCACAAAUACCUGUGGAUUUAUGUUUUGAAUUAUGAGAAACUGUAGAAUAAAGCAAAAAUGGAGAUUCCACCUGUGGUGAAUUUGGAUGGACAUCUCUUUCAAACAGUUUUAGGAUCACACAAAUUUUCAACACAGGAGCCAUCAUCAGAAAACGGCUCCCCAGACCACAGAGGGGAUGGUUGUCUCCCUGAAGCCCAAAGCUGCUCACUGUUGGAUCCAGAUCAAGACAAAACUAAGCUGAAGAAUAGUUUUAUCUGUGGUGGUCAUAACAACAUUGAAAUUCACAAGACUGUCUGCUCAGAGGAGCCUGGACAAGUGCCAGUCAUUCCUGGGGGAGAACCUCUGGACCUGUGUCCGCUGGCCUCAGCUCAUUUUCAUGAAGCAGGUAUUGUGUUCACAUCACCUAGUUCAAAUGAUAACUGCUGCAGUGACUUUCCAUUUCCUGCUCCUGUCAGAGAAGGCCAGUCAGACCAGGUGGUUCUUAAUUAUGUUGGGCAGACAGUAAACACGAACCAUGGAUGUGUAAACAUAGACUUCCAGAGUUCAGAGCCAAUCUCAAAUGGUCAGGUCAGUAGACAUUCAGAGGACCCGUGCUCCAUCCUCAAUCUAGACUCCACUCCUCGACUCACUGUGCCCUCACCUGUCCCUGAUCCAGGCCACAGAGUCCUGGAUCUCCCACGCAUUGUGAAGCACAAACCGAGCUCCAUCACCUUUUCUGACAGCACUUGUAGCACCGGAGCGGACAGCCAUGCUUUCGCCAACGAGAGUUCCGAUGAUGAAGAGUCUUCACCAGAGGAGGAGGAGGAGGAGGAGGAGGAUGAGGAUGGUCAUGAUGAUGGCGAUGAUGAUGAUGAUGACGACGAUGACGACAAUGAUGUGUUCCCAGAGCUGCCUCAGAGUAGAGAGGCCCUGGUCAAUCGCAGACAUAGGAGCAAUGGCAAAGACAAACAGAAGAGGAGAGCAGCCAUAAGUGCCCAAGCAGAAACUGAUCACACAGCCAGCAACAAUGGUUAUGAAGCAGAGGGGGAAACCAGCAGUAAGGAGGUAGGCUGUUCUUGAUGUAAAGAUGUUACCACACCUUUUUAUUAUUAACUAAAAAGAAAUUAGACAAGAAAUUUGGGGGCACAGGUAUAAAAGGCAAGGGAAGUAUAUGUGGCCAGCAGA